AUGCCGGAUGAGGAGAAGCCGGGAGAGACCAGGGACGGAUUUGUGACAGUACGGGGGAAGCGCAGUGCUAAACGCAAAAACUUAGUGCACCAACAGCUUCCCGUCUGUAAUAGGUUUGAUCCCCUCAGCGACACACCGGCUGAACCGGAUACACUCGUAAUUGGCAGCUCCAUAGUCAGAGACGUGAAGCUCCCAGCGGUGUCUGUCAGGUGUUACCCAGGGGCCAGAGUCGGUGACAUCGAAGGAAACCUUAGGCUUUUACAGCAGAGUAGGACUAGGUUUCGCCGGAUCGUUAUUCACGCAGGUGGUAACGACGCCCGGCGGAGACAAUCUGAGGUUCUUAAAUUGAAUGUAGCCUCGGUGUGUAAACUUGCUAGGUCGAUGGCUGACACCGUAGUAUUCUCUGGACCCCUGCCCAAUUUGGUCAAUGAUGAGAUGUACUCUAGGUUCUCAUCAUUUAACCGCUGGUUGUCUAGAUGGUGCCCAGAAAACGACAUUGUUUUUAUUGACAAUUGGCGUGCGUUCUGGGGAAAGCCCGGGCUCAUUCGCAGAGACGGCUUUGUGCUUGAGGAUAAGUCUACACCUGUGAUUAAAGCUCAGAUGAAAAGGACGUUAUGUGAUCGUUCUGUCUCAAGGUAUAGAGAGAUAAUUCAGCCAAUAUUUCCUUCCCUGUUGUCUGAUUAUGUAGAGAACAUGUCUAGUCCUGCUGCAUGUGAUGAGUUUGUUGAUAGUGCCAUGCUCACACUACAGACUGCUCUGGAUGUAGUUGCCCCCCUCAAGCCAAGGAUUGUUAAGCCAAGGCCAGCUUCUCCUUGGUAUAAUGCCGAAACACGUUCCUUUAAACAAGCAGCACGUAAAUUAGAGAGGCUAUGGCGCCGUUCCAGCUCAGAGCAUUCUUUUAGUGCCUGGAAAAACAGCUUAUUGGCCUAUAAGCAGGCCCUGCGUAAGGCUAAAACUAGUUACUACUCAUCCUUAAUCGAGAAAAACAAGAAUAACCCUAGAUUCCUGUUCAGCACUGUUGCCAGGCUGACAAACAGUCACAGUUCAGUAGAACCCUCUAUCCCACUUACUCUCAGCUGUGAUGACUUCCUACAAUUCUUUAACGAUAAAAUCUCAACUAUUAGGAACAAAAUAGAUGAACUACCUCCAAAUAUUAGGUCUGACAAAGCACAGGCUACUAACCAAGAAUCUCUUCUAAACCCCCCUACAAUGUUAGAUAAUUUCACUACUGUAGAUGGAGCUGAUGUAGCAUCUAUCAUUAUGUCCUCCAAACCAUCCACCUGCCUCUUAGACCCGAUCCCAACCAAACUUUUUAAACAGACUCUGCCCCUAACUAUUGACACAAUUCUAACUAUAAUUAAUACCUCACUAGUUACUGGCUACGUGCCACAAUCUUUUAAAUUUGCAGUUAUUAAACCACUUCUGAAAAAACCUACUCUAGAUCCUGACCUCCUGGUCAGUUACAGACCUAUAUCUAAUUUACCCUUCCUCUCAAAAGUUCUUGAAAGAGUGGUAGUUAAACAGCUGUGUCAGCAUUUACAGGACAAUAGUUUAUUUGAACACUUCCAGUCUGGCUUUCGUGCUCAUCAUAGCACUGAAACCGCAUUAGUCAAAGUAACCAAUGACUUGUUAUUAGCUGCUGACGAUGGUUUGGUCUCGAUCCUGGUCUUAUUGGACCUGAGUGCAGCUUUUGACACUAUCGACCACAGUAUCUUACUGCAGAGAUUAGAAUGGGACAUAGGCAUCAGAGGAGAGGCCCACCAACGCCUCCUCGUCCUGUGGAAACUGACGUGGGCUGGACUGAACAGGCCUGUCCUGACACCCUUCCACCAGGGUGAGGAGGAAAGCCUCCUCACCUCCUACAUGACUUCUGUAGCAGCUGCAGAUGGGAAAGGCUCUACAAAGACAAGUGAAGUCUGCUCAAAGGCCCGUCGGCAGCAGCCUGCCCACACUAAUCCAAAUCGCACACCACCCUGGUAUCACAUGGUGUCCCUCAAGGCUCUGUUCUUGGCCCCAUACUCUUCAUCUUGUACAUACUUCCGCUUGGUCAUAUCAUCCGUCACCAUGAACUUCUCACUCUCCAUCGAUGGUCACUCAGUCACCCCCUCCCCCCUGGCCAGAAACCUCGGCAUCAUCAUGGACCCCGCCCUUUCCUUCAAAUCACACAUCAAUCAUGUCACCAAAACUUCCUUCCUUCAUCUCCGCAACAUCGCACGCCUCCGCCCCACCCUCUCCCCCUCAGCUGCCCAAACACUCAUCCACGCCUUCAUCACCUCCAGACUAGAUUAUUAG